GGUGGUAGUCAUAGUAUUUUUGGUAGUUUUUUGGGGGGUAUUUUUUGGGGAUACCAUGGAAAUUAUGCCAUUAUUUUAAAAUUACGUUGCCAUGGCAAUUAUCGAAAUGGAUUUCCAUGGAAACAUAUGCGUAUGCAAAAUCAUGAAAAUAAAAGCUUUAAUAAAAAAACCCCAUGGUAACCAUGGCAACCUAUGCACGUCUUAGGAUUAGAGAGACGCCCUGAGGCAUGCCCACCACACACACAAGAUUGUGGACGUCUUUUCUUAACUUUCUGAAGUAACCAUAGUGACGCAUGUUUUAUGCGGAUGUUCAAAAUUAAAAUCCACCUGUGAUUAAUCGCCAUGGAGAUAAUUAAAUAUUAAUUUUAUAUACACAAAUUUUGUAAAAUAAAAAAUGUUCCCAUGGAUACUCAUCUUUUUUCUAAUUAACCUCAAAGUAACCACCCCCCAACAACAACUCCUCCUCCCCCUCACCCUCUCCUCCCCCCGGACCUUCCACCUGGCGACCCCCACGACCACUCCCCCAGGGACGAAAAUAACCCAAAUCAAGCUCUCCCCGGAAUCCUCCCACUUAUCCCCGAACGUAACCUACGGAUUGGAGCCCAGUUUCCAUGGCGACGUUUCCACCCUGUUCAAAGUGGGCGUGGACGACGGGGGGAUUUAUUGGGUGGGUCAUAAUGGGACGUAUCCAAAAGUGGGGUUUUUACAACUGACCGCCCAUCUCCAUGGCUCCAAUGUCGUGAGUAAAAUGGAGGUCAGGGUCGAGUUUGGGGAUACCAAAAGAUUAUCUCCGGCGGUGGGUGUGGUUACUAAAAAAGGGGCGGAGCUCGUGACCACGCCCCUCGCUGUUGUUACUACGCCCACAACGACUAUACCAACAACGACGGAGGCCCCUCCCCCUACUUCCAAGCCCCUCCUCCUCUACAUUUCCAUUGGCUGCGUGAUAGUCAUAGUAUUUUCGCUCCUCCUCUUUUUAACCUUUCGCUACCGGAACAAGAAAAGUGCUAUAGUUUUGACCAAAUCGUCCAAUCACCAUGGCGACACGACUACGACGCAGAUAAGGGCCUUAUCCAACCGGUAUGAAGAUUGUCCGAAAUCUCCUGCGGGGGACCAGUGGGAGGUCCAACGGCAUCGGGUCAAAAUUCAGUCCAUCCUGGGGGAAGGCUGCUUCGGCCAAGUCUGGAAGGCAAGCCUGACCACCCCGGAGGACACAAUUCAAAUAAUAGCGGUGAAAACGUUAAAAACCACGGCCUCCCCGGGGGACAAGGACGAUUUAUUAUCCGAAUUAGCCGUAUUAAAAUCAUUAGAGCCCUCCCAUCCUAACGUUUUACGGCUCGUGGGCUGCUGCACCAGCGGAGAUGCCCCCCCACUACUCCUCCUGGAGUACAUCCCCCUCGGAAAACUCCAAUCCUAUCUCCGCUCCUCCCGUUCCGCAAACUCCACCCCUUACAACAACAUCCACCCGCCCUCCACCACAUUAACCUCUUCAACAUUAACCUCUUACUCCCUCCAAAUCUCCAAGGGGAUGGACUAUCUCUCGACUAAAGGAAUUAUCCAUCGGGAUUUAGCGGCGCGCAACAUUCUAUUACACGAAGACGGGAUAACGUGUAAAAUCGCGGAUUUCGGGUUUGCGCGCGACGUCGCGGGGGUCGAGGGGGAGGUCUAUGAGAGGAAAAGUGGGGAUGGCCGGUUGCCCAUUAGGUGGAUGGCCCCGGAGAGUCUGUUUGACUCGGUUUUUACGAGCAAAUCGGACGUUUGGAGCUUUGGGGUGCUGAUGUGGGAGAUUGUCACGUUGGGGUCUACGCCGUAUCCUGGGAUGGCUCCGGCGGCGGUGAUCUCCUCCCUCCGCUCUGGCCACCGCCUGGAAAAACCGCCCCACUGCAAGCGAGAGUUAUACAACAUAAUGUUUUACUGUUGGAACGAUGACCCUUCGGCGCGGCCGAGUUUUUCUAACCUGACCGCGUUUCUGUCCGAGCUGAUCGAGGAGGACAUGGAGUACAUCCAGAUGGACUUGUUUCCAGAACAUUCUUAUGUUAAUGUCACUUCGGGGGAGGCGGGGGAGGAGAGGGUGUGAGUUUUUUUAUGGUUUUUAUGGGGAGAGAGGUUAAUAAAGUGAGAAAAAUUGAAAAAAUAAUAACGAGAGGGAGGGGUUAAUUAACCUGUUUUUGACUGUGUAUUUUUUUAUAUUAUGAGAAAAAUUUAUUAAACAAAAUUUUGUAUUACAA